AUGGACCAGACGCCGCAGCGCCGCCGCCGGAGACGCGCCGAGGUCGCCCCCUCCGAUGGCGCUCCGGACGCGGCGGAGUACAGCCUCGACGAGCCGACCUUGGCGGAGAAGCUCGCGGCCAUGAGCCCGCUCGCCGAGGCGGCAGGUGGCGCCGCCGGGGAGUCGCUGCCCGUGGUGCCCCCCAGCGCGGACUCCGUCCACGUCCUGCUCAGGCAGGCCCUGCAGGCCGACGACCGCGCCGCGCUGCUGGGCUGCCUGUACAACAGAGACGGCAAGGUUAUCGUGAAGUCGGUAUCACUCCUGACGCCAGCAGACGCUGUGAAGCUCCUCAAAUCAUUGGUAUCGCUUAUGCAAUCUAGGGGUUCAGUACUGGUUUGCUUGCUCCCAUGGCUUCAAGCUCUGCUUAGCCGACACAUGAGCAGCAUAGUAUCUCAGGAUUCUUCUCUGCUGCUGCUCAACUCGCUUUAUCAGCUGAUUGACGCAAGAACAUCGACCUUCGCAUCGUCGCUCAAACUGUCUACCUGCCUGGAUUAUCAUUUCAGCGAGAUCUGCGAUGAUGAAUCCGAUGAAGAAGAGGGAGGCCCUCCGCUUAUCUACGAGGACGUGGAUUCUGAUGAGGAAGAUUCUGAAGAUGAUGAUGCUAUGGAAACCGAGGACAAGGGGACUGAUGAGGAAGAUUCCGAGGUCGACGACGCCAUGGAGACAGAGAGAAAGGGGACUGACAAGGAAGAGUCUGAAGUUGAUGAUGAGUGA